AUGAUUGUUAAAUCAGAAAGCCCGCCACCACUGCGUACAAAAUCAUUCCAUCUCUCCUUCGUGGACCAAAACGUGGUUCGUGUCUAUACACAAACGUUGUCUGUCUUUCCAUUUCCAGACCAUAAUGAAGCAGAGGCUGCCAUUCAGGCGCUUGGUGAUGGACUGCGCCUCACGCUGCAGAGAUUCCCGUUCCUUGCCGGCACCCUGAGUCUCUCCGAUCGCGCCGCGGGCACCCUUUCUCUGCAGUAUCCAGCAGAAGUAUCGAACGAGGAGAUGAGCAACAUAUUCCGGUCAAAACAGAUCCCCUUCCAUGAAGAAAGCUUUCCACACACGUACGAGCAGCUCAAACGAGAUGGCAUGCCGCCAAGCGCGUUCAAGAGCGCCAUGUUCGUACCCGAAGAUUUCGCCAAUUACCCUGGCAUUCCGCCAAGUGGUGAGGGGAAGGUCGACUUCGGAAGGAGCGAUGCGCCAGUCAUGAGAGUACAAGCCUACUUCAUACCUGGUGGACUUGUGCUAUCCAUGUACACGCAUCACACCGUAUUGGACUUUUCCGGUGUCGCUACCUUCUGGAGAGCCUUUUGCUCAAACCAUCAUCGUUCGUUGCUAAUCAGACCAGCCUCCACAAGCGUAGCCGAGGAACAGUCAUCGCUACGAUUAGCCAUCGACGAGCAGGGUUCGUCCGACCCUCAUAAGCGCUCAGCUGCCGAUUGUUACUGCGACGGCACCUAUUCAUACCCCAAGACCUUACCAAAGGACACAAGUUGUACUCAACGACUCUUUGUUAUCUCUGCAGCGCGCAUUCGUGAAUAUCGGGAUCAGCUACGACCGUAUUUCCCUAAAAAUACGCCACCAACACAGUGUAACGUUCUCGCGGCCCUAGUAUGGACGCAUGUAACCCGCGCAAGAGCAGCUCGCUUGACCAACAGUGGGUACACGGAAACUAACAUCGGGAUCGCGACCGAUUUGCGAAGGAGGCAGCACCCUCCCGUUCCCGCGACAUACAUGGGUAACAUGGCUCUUUUCUCAAAAGGCACGCUUGACAUAGCAGAUCUCACAGCUGAAGACCGUGUAACCCAGGACACCAUCCUCCACGUCAUAAGGAAGAUCAAGGAUACGAUUCUGGCAGUCAACGACGACUGGAUAACCCGCCACUUGACGUUCUUCAAGUCGAUCAAGCAGAUCACCGACACGGAGUGCGCGCUUGCCCUGUCCUUUGGCUCAGAUAUCUACAUUACAUCGUGGCUGAAUUUUGGUGCGGACCUCCACUGGGGUAUACCUGGUACAGAUUUGGACAAGAAUUCCCUUGCUGGUCGACCCGAAUUCAUCAGGCGAUCUUACGGACCCGGUGACGGGGGCAUGAUUUUCCUUCCGCGGAGAAUACAACCUGCAAAAGACGUCGAAGCACCUUUCGAAGUACUGGUACGACUUGCCGAGGAAGACAUGGACCGCUUAUUGAACGAAGAAGGUGGUUUAAAGUCUUGGGCGGAUGCGGUGAUCGAAUAA